CACCCCAACGGCCUGCCCCAGGCCUUUAAAACCUCCUUGCCCUCCUCUGCUGCUGCACACAGGCUCAGAGUCGGCACCAUGCAACUGAAUUUCAGAGGCCUGCCGGCCCUGGUGACGGGGGCAGGGAAAGGGAUCGGGAGGGACACUGCGAAGGCCCUGCAUGCCCUGGGAGCCAAAGUGGUAGCCGUGAGCCGCACCGACGCUGACCUAGUCAGCCUCUCCAAGGAGUGUCCCGGGAUACAGACUGUGUGUGUGGACCUGGGUGACUGGGACGCCACGGAGCGGGCACUGGGCAACGUGGGCCCCGUGGACCUGCUGGUGAACAACGCUGCCGUGGCGCCACUGCAGCCCUUCCUGGAGGUCACCAAGGAGGUCUUCGACAGGACCUUCAAUGUGAACCUGCGCUCACUGGUGCAGGUGUCCCAGAUCGUGGCCCGGGGAAUGAUCCACCGCGGAGUGCCUGGCUCCAUUGUCCAUGUCUCCAGCAUGGUGGCCCAUGUCACUUUACCCAACCUAUCUGUCUACAGCUCCACCAAGGGCGCAAUAAGUGUAUUCACCAGAGCCAUGGCCGCAGAGCUGGGGCCAUACAAGAUCCGGGUAAACUCCGUGAACCCCACGGUGGUGCUGACGGCCAUGGGCCAGAAAGUCUUGACGGACCCCGAGAUCGCCCGGAAACUGAAGGAGCGUCACCCCCUGCAGAAGUUUGCAGAGACGGAGGACGUGGUCAGCAGCAUCCUCUUCCUGCUCAGCGACCACAGCGCCUCCACCAGCGGCUCGGGCAUACUCGUGGACGCCGGGUACCUGGCUUCCUAGAGCGCCCGGCGCGGGGGAGCCGGCGCUCAGGGCACCAGGCCCGCCCCCCGCCCGCCCACGCCCCGCCACGCCCACCGCCCCGCCACGCCCCGGUCACGCCCACCGCCCCACCACGCCUUCACCACCCAGCCGCUCGCGCGCGCAUCUCCCACCCAGACUCUGCAUCUGGGCAGACACCGCAUCCACACUCGCGCUGCCAUGUAACCCGCCCCUGUCGCCCCCACCCAGUGUCCUCCGCUGUGCCGGCUGGAUUUCCCUAAAUAAAUGGAGGCCAUUCUCUGGAA